GGCCGGGCCCGCUUCCUGUGCGUGUCACUCCCUCGGCGGGGGAGGGGAAGCGCCGAGCAGGCGGCGGCGGCGGCUCCUGCGAGCGCGGCGACGGCGGAGGCCCGGCCGGGCGGGCGGGCGCUCGCGCACGGCGGCCGCAGCCCGGGCGCGGCCGGAGACGGCGGCGGGGGCUCCGCGCGGAGCGGCGCGGCGCGGCGGCCGGGCGGGGCGAGGCCUGGGCGCCGCCGGGCCUGGGCGCUGGCGUCCCGCGGGAGGCGGCCAUGUCUACCGGCGAGGUGGAGCGGCUGGCGGCCGACCUGAGCGGGGCCGCCGGCGACGAGGAGGAGGAGUGGCUCUACGGCGAUGAAAACGAAGUGGAGAGACCGGAAGAGGAAAAGGCAAGUGCUCCGCCUCCACCUGGGAAUGAAGAGGAAACUGCGGAAAAUGGCGUCGUGAAAACGAAGGUGACAGAGACUGAGGAUGACAGUGAUAGUGAUAGUGAUGAUGAUGAAGAUGAUGUUCAAGUGACCAUAGGGGAUAUUAAAACGGGAGCUCCACAGUAUGGUUACGGAGCGGCACCUGUGAAUCUCAAUAUUAAGACAGGAGGGCGAGUUUAUGGAUCUUCUGGUGCAAAAGUAAAAGGGGUGGAUCUAGAUGCACCAGGGAAUAUUAAUGGUGUUCCACUUCUGGAAGUAGAUUUAGAUUCUUUUGAAGAUAAACCUUGGAGAAAGCCAGGGGCUGACCUCUCUGAUUAUUUCAACUAUGGGUUCAAUGAAGAUACCUGGAAAGCUUACUGUGAAAAACAGAAGAGAAUACGAAUGGGUCUUGAAAUUUUACCAGUUACCUCAACCACAAAUAAAAUUACGGCCGAAGACAAUGCUAUGGAAGUAACACCAAGUGCAGAGAUUCUCGAUGGCAGAUACCAUCUUUUUAAGGUACAGCAGGGCAGAACUGGAAAUUUGGAGAAAGAGUUGGCAGUGCAGUCGACCAAAGCUGAUUUCACAUCUCCUCCUGCCUUAUUCAAAUCAGGAAUUCCAACAAACAGAAACAGCGCCUCUUCUCAGUCACAGACAAGCACUGCCUCCAGAAAAGCCAGUUCAGGCAUCGGAAAGUGGCAGGAGCGAUAUAGGAGGGCCGAAUCACCCGAAUUAAGGCGAUUAUCUGGCACGAUAGAUGUGAUUGGACAGACCAUCACUAUCAGCAGGGUGGAAGGACGGCGGCGUGCUAAUGAAAACAGCAACAUACAGGUUCUUUCAGAACGAUCUAAUCCUGAAGUAGACAAUUUUACCAAGCCACCUCCAUUUUUCCCUCCAGGAGCUCCACCUACCCACCUUCCACCACCUCCUUUCCUCCCACCCCCUCCAACUGUCAGUACUGCUCCACCUCUGAUUCCCCCACCAGGUAUACCAAUAACAGUGCCACCACCAGGCUUUCCACCCCCACCUGGCGGUCCUCCACCUUCCCUCAUACCCACAAUAGAAAGUGGACAUUCCUCUGGCUAUGACAGUCGCUCUGUUCGUGCAUUUUCAUAUGGCAGUGUCACCUUUCCGCACCUUGCAGGUUCUGCUCCUUCGUGGUCUAGCCUUAUGGACACCAGCAAACAGUGGGACUAUUAUGCACGAAGAGAGAAGGAUAGGGAGCGUGAGAGAGAGAGAUCCCGAGAUCGGGACCGGGAUCGAGACCGAGACAGAGACAGAGAUCGAGAACGUACCAGAGACAGGGAAAGGGACCGAGAUCACAGUCCAACUCCAAGUGUGUUUAACAGUGAUGAAGAACGAUACAGAUACAGAGACUAUGCAGAAAGAGGCUAUGACCGCCAUAGAACAAGCAGAGAGAAAGAAGACCGACACAGAGAAAGGAGACACAGAGAGAAGGAAGACACUAGGCACAAGUCAUCUCGAAGUAACAGCAGACGCCGUCAUGACAGUGAAGAAGGGGACAGCCACAGAAGGCACAAACACAAAAAAUCCAAAAGAAGCAAAGAAGGAAAAGAAGCCAGUGGUGAACCUGCUCCAGAACAGGAAAACACUGAAGCUGCCCCUGCAGAAUAGGCUGGUGUGGUUUUUGCCUACUUGCAUAUAUAUUAGUGCCAGAAAUAGAUUACUAUAAAUCCUGUUAUUUUUCUGGGUAUUAAGAUAAUUUGCUCUUAAUCUUGUUCUGUUAGUAUGAAAUUGAAGGUUACUUUGUUUUUUUGGAAAUAAAAGAAUGAAUUUUUCAUGUUAA